AUGCGUGAGCCUCUGUCAUCAAAACUGAAAUUAGAAAUUACAUUACGUUUUUUAUGUUCGGGUGACUCGUUUAGUAGUUUGAUGUAUCUGUUUCGAGUGCCAAGUACUACAAUAUCCCGUUUUAUACCUGAAGUUUGUGAUGCCUUGACAACAGUUUUGAAAGAAUAUUUACAGGUACCCUCUACGUUUGAGAAAUGGGAGCGUAUUCAACGCGGAUUCGAACAUCGUUGGAAUUUUCCAAACGUAAUUGGCGCUUUAGAUGGAAAACAUGUAAAUAUAAUUUUGCCCAUCAGCAGUGGAUCUGAUUAUUAUAAUUAUAAAGGAAAGUACAGUAUAGUACUAAUGGCGCUUGUGGACGAUGACUAUCGAUUUACAUAUAUUGAUGUUGGAGCUAAAGGUCGCUUUUCAGAUGGUGGAAUUUUUCGGAAUUCUAGCUUUUACACAGCACUCACCGAAAACAGUCUGAAUAUUCCGGAAAAUGGAAUAAUAGUUGCGGAUGAUGCAUUCCCGUUGACAAGCCGAAUAAUGAAGCCUUACAAAAAAAGAGAUUUAAGUAUCUCGGAAAAGGUUUUCAAUUAUCGACUUAGCAGAGCCAGACGUAUUGUUGAAAAUGCGUUUGGUAUUUUGACAGCGCGGUUUAGAAUAUUUGAAAACGACAUUAAACUUCAACCAGAAAAGGUUGAAAAAAUUAUAUUUGCUGCAUGUUCCUUGCACAAUUGGCUUCGAACAUGCAAAGAUGAAAAUUAUUGGCCUCGAGAAAUUAUCGACAGAGAGGACACAGAGUUUGGACAAAUUAUCUCGGGUCAUUGGAGACAAAUCACACGGGGAUUACCAAGUGUACAUGCAGAUCGGUUUGCACAUAAUCCAGCAAGACACGCAAUAAAUAUUCGCAACGAGUAUUGUGAAUAUUUUAAUGGAGUUGGUGCAGUGCCGUGGCAACUAAAAAUGAUUAAUUAA